AUGUCUGAGUAUAAAAUUAGCAGUAUAUACUUCUCACGCUCUAAUAAAGUGUUAAUAUUAAUGUGCGUGAUUUUUUUCUCCUGCUCUACUCACAUAUUUAAGAAUGUUUUCCCUUUUCUAUUUAUGCUUACAGGUAUAGCAACCCAACAUGGUAAUUUGAAUGUAUAUGUUAAGAAAAAUAGCUGGUGUGAUAUAAGCAGUAAGUUAGACAGAAAUACGGAACAUGAACAAUAUAUACAAAAGGAAGAUAAAGAAAAAAAAAUUAUAAAAAAUACAAAUACUGAUGGUAAUAAGAAUAUUAAUUAUGAUCAUCCUUAUAAUAUGAUGAAUUUAUGUUAUGAUGAAUUAUAUAAUAAUGGAGAUGAAAAUAAUGAGAAACAUUUAUUAAACCUUGAACAUGAAUGUUUUAUUAAAAAUGAAUUUACUACUUGUAAAAUUUGUCAUAAUUAUAUAAAUAAUAAUAAUAAUAUGUAUAAUAAUACAUAUAAUAAUAUAUAUACUGAUUCGUAUAACAAUACAUGUCAUAAUUAUUAUAAGAAUCGAAAUAAUAAUAUAAGGGACCAUACAAGGAAAGGGAAAUAUAUUGAUAAUAAUAUAUUUUAUUAUAAUAAAAUACAUAAUAAACAAAAUGAAAGUGCCAUUAAUAAAGAAUCUAUAUCCUUAUACAAUAAUAUUUUAUCAUUAAUAUAUUUUAGUUCUUUAAUAACUUAUAUUUUUAUUUUCUUUUUUGAUUUAAGCAAAAAAAAUUAUAUCAUAAAUAUUUUUUAUAUUACCAAUCUAAUAUCUCAUUGUAUUAUAUUUUUUAUAUUAAAUGAUAUGCAAAUUUUUAAUUCUCAUUUAAUACAAUCAAUUCCUAAUCAUAUAUUUGUAGAUGAUCAUAAAAAGAUGUUUUCUCCUUUUUCUCAACCAUAUUUAAAUAGUCAUAAUAAUUUAUCAAUCCAAAAUAUUUUUAAUGGUAUAGCUAGCCAAAAUGGCUAUAUAUAUAAUAUAUUAUAUAUGGAUAAAAAAAAGAAAAAAAAAGAAAAAAAGAUAGGACUUAAUAAUUCAACAAAUGAAAGAAAUAAUUUAAAGAAUAAAUUGGAUGAUUUACAAAAAAUAUCUAUAUUAUAUAAUAUGGAUGUGUAUAAAUCUUUAUUUAUUUUUUUUAUUUAUCCAAAUAAUAAUAUAUUUUUUAAUCCUUAUCUUAUUAAUAUGAAUUGGAAUAUUAUGUCUAAUAUAUCAAAUGAUAUAUUAUAUAAUACAUAUGAAAAAAAUAAAGAUUUAUAUAAUAAUAAUUAUGUUAUACAAAGUAUAAUAAAAGAAAAAAAUAAUGUUCCAGAUUUUUUAUUUUUAAAAAGAAAUAAAAAUAUAUAUUAUAAAAAAUAUUUAUUAGUUCUAUAUUUUUUCCUUAUGAUAAGUUCUAUAUGUAGUUGUUAUAUCAAAAUUUAUCAAAAAAGAAUUUUAUAUUGUGUAUUUUAUAUUAAUAUAGGAGUUAUUACUUCAUUUUUAAUUUUAAUGAAUAGUCUAUUUAAACUAUUUGCCCAUUCUCUAAAUUAUAUUGUAACUAAUCAAAACAAUCUUGUUAAUAUCAGUGAUUAUAUAGUUUUGUUCUUAUUAAUAGAUUUAUUUGGAUUAUUUAUAAUAUUCUUCUUUUCUUAUAAAUGGUAUUAUCAAAGAAAUGUGUGGACACAUCUUCAUAAAAUAUUUUAUAAUCAUAAAUAUAUUGCUUUCUAUUUUAAUAACACAUAUUAUAUAUAUACUGUUGACAGAAAUGUUGAUAAUAUUUUAGUAUCUAUGGAUAUAUAUGGUGAUCCUAAUGUAAACAUUACUUUUUCGGAGUAUACAAAUUUAGAAAAAUCAAUUUUUUAUGAAUAUUUUAUAUUGAACAGAUUCAGAAAAAACAAACUCAAAAUUUUCGAAAUCCAUCAGGACAAGAUUCAGGAAUUGACCACUACAUAUAAGCAAAAAGAAAAGGGGAAAAAAAAUUAUGAAAUGAACAUACCUUACAGAGAUAAAAAGUACAAAAAUGUGGAAGAUAUACAAAGUUCUCAUAUAAAUAAUAGCUUGGAUAUAAAUAUUGGAUGUUACAAAUCUCAGAGGGAUGAUCUUAACGAAUGUGAUAUACCGAGUGAAGAAAAGCAAGCUAAUUUUUAUAGUCGAAAACCAAACCAUAGUUAUACUAUGAAACCAUAUAAAAUAUGCAUAGGAACAUUAAACAAUAUAAUAACACAAUCUAAUAUUCCAAUAAAUAAUACAAAUCAAAAUAUAAAUGGAUCGCCCAUAAAUACAACAACAACUAAUAAUAAUAAUAAUAAUGAAAAUAAUAAUAAUAAUGAAAAUAAUAAUAAUAAUGAAAAUAAUAAUAAUAAUGAAAAUAAUAAUAAUAAUGAAAAUAAUAAUAAUAAUGAAAAUAAUAAUAAUAAUGAAAAUAAUAAUAAUAAUGAAAAUAAUAAUAAUAAUGAAAAUAAUAAUAAUAAUGAAAAUAAUAAUAAUAAUGAAAAUAAUAAUAAUAAUAAUCAUCAUAAUCAUAAUCAUAAUCAUAAUCAAAAUAAUCAUCAUAAUCAAAAUAUCAAUUAUCCUAAUCCUCAAAAUGAACGAAUAAAUUAUCCUUUUACAAAUGAAUUUAUUCAUAACCAUCAUGAAUAUGUAAAUAAUAUAGCACUUACUCCAAAACAACAAAUUAUAGAUAAUACAAUUUUAGAAAAUAAACAAAAUGAUGAAGACAUUAAUAAAAAGAAAUUAACAACACAUUCACAAAAAAAUUUAUUAAAAGAAAAUCUUAUUAUAACCGAUGAAUAUUUUAUAAACACUGAUACCAAUCAAUAUAUGAACAACGCACAAAAUCAAAAUAAUAUAUGCUUACCAAAAGGAAUAUAUUUAGAUCGAUCAGAAGAAUGUGAACCAAAAAAUAUUUGGAAUAUACAAAAUGAAAGUCAAAAUGUUUUAUCAAUACCCGAUUUUGAUGAACAAGAUAAUCAUAAACAAAAUGAACAAGCGGAAAUAAUUUGUCCAAAUGAUGGAAAUUAUUAUUUACAUAAUGAGGAAUAUAAUCAAGAAAUGUAUCAUAAUAAUGUUCAUUAUAAAAAUGGUCAUAUGGAUCAUUCAUUUAACCCUCAUAUACAUAAUUACAUUAAUAAUCAUAUUAAUUAUGACACUAGUUAUCAUAUUAAUCAUCAUAAUAACAAUUUUAAAAUAUUUAGAAACAUAAAAAAAUUUAUGUCCUCAUUCACUUUCGUUUUCUUCUUUUUUAUAUUUAUAUAUGCCUUUCUAUUGUCAAUCAUACACAUAUUUAUAAAUUACUUCUUUUAUAUAUAUCUAUAUGUUUUCAAUAUAAAUAUCUAUGUUUCCAAUGUAUAUACAAUUAUUAUGACAGGUGUAUCAUUAAUAGCUAUACCAUUCUCAGGAUAUAUUAUUGAUAACAUUGGUGCUUUCCUUUCCCUUCUUUUAUGUUCUUCUCUUUUUAUCUUAAUAGCCAUUUCGGGUUCCAUUUAUUGCUAUAAGUUUAAUUUAAAUUCUGAAGUUUUGGCUUUUUUAUUCUUCAAUCUUAUAGGCAUAAGUCAAUCCAUUAUUCCUACUGUCAUCAUUUCGCAGAUACCUACCCACUUAUGCGUGAAGAAUAACGAACAUAUAACAUCAGCCUUUGCAAUAUUUGAAGUUGUUUCGAUGAUAAUUAUAAGUUUAAAUAAUUAUAUCUUUGGUAGUUUUAUGGUCAAAGAAGAAUACUUAAUGGGUCUUUAUGUCUUAUUUUUUUUUAUCCUCCUAGUUAUAGCCCUUAUUACAUUGUUAAUAAUUUCUAUUUAUAUUAAAAGGAAGAGAUAUAUACAUAUGUAUAAGAACACGAAUGACUAUAAUUUGGCUCAACCUUUGCUUUAA